AUGGGAGAAACACAGGAGCAAUGGAGCAGCAUCAACAAAGGCACCCUACAAUACCUAAUCACACUGCUUGUGUGGAAGGCAGUUUCCGGGCAGAUUCACUAUUCCAUUCCUGAAGAGAUGCAGAAAGGCUCCUUUGUGGGGAAUAUUGCAAAAGAUCUAGGAAUGGAUGGAAAGCAUCUUUCAGAAUAUGGACUCCGGAUCGUUACCAGGACAGGUACGAUUCAGUAUUUUGCUUUGAACUUCAACAGUGGCAUUUUACAAACUUCAGAGAGGAUAGACAGAGAGGUGAUCUGUGGACAAGCAGAGAAGUGUACCUUGAAUUUUCAGGUUAUUAUUGAGAGGAAAUUAAAGAUUUAUGGAAUAGUAGUGGAAAUUCUAGAUAUUAAUGAUAAUGAUCCUCACUUCCCUCCAUGGGAAGAGAAGCUGGAAAUCAGUGAGACAUCUGCAUUGGGGUCCCAUUUUGACCUUCCUCAAGCUGAAGAUCCAGAUCUAGGUAUAAAUUCAGUGCAGAGCUACCAACUCAUAGGGAGUAACCAUUUUUCUCUGCAAGUCCAAGUGGAUGAAAAUGGCAUUAGACGCGCUGAAUUGCUGUUGGAUAAACCUUUGGACAGGGAGGAACAAUCAGUUCAUGAUCUGAUCCUCAUAGCUUCUGAUGGGGGAGAUCCCAUGAGAUCUGGCACUGCUCAAAUCCACGUAAUUGUUUUAGAUGCAAAUGACAAUGCUCCGGUUUUCAGCCAAACUGUCUAUGAAGCAUCAGUCACAGAAAAUAUUCCUAAAGAGUCCACAAUAGUUACAGUAACAGCAGUUGAUCUAGAUGAAGGAAUUAAUGGGGAGAUAAAAUAUCUAUUCCAUAAAAUUACAAAUAAAAUUUUUCAGACAUUUAUCCUUAAUUCUACAACUGGUGAAAUAACUCUUGCAGGAAACCUUGAUUAUGAGGAUUCAUCCUUAUAUGAAUUUGAGGUACAAGCCAAAGAUGGGGGAGGCCUGAGUGACAAAUCAAAAGUUGUGAUUUUCAUUAUGGAUUUGAAUGACCAUGCACCUGAAUUAGAGGUAACCUAUCUCACCAGUCACAUCCUCGAGAACUCACCAAUUGGAACUGUUGUUGCCAUUCUAAAUGUGCAAGAUAGUGAUUCAGGAAGCAAUGGGGAGAUCACAUGCUCCAUAGAUCCAAGCCUCCCUUUUCAGCUGAAAAAAUCCAUGGAUAACUUUUACAGUUUGGUGACAGAUGGCGUCCUGGAUAGAGAACAAGUGGCAUCCUACAGUAUCACCCUCACAGCUACUGACCAUGGGAUCCCUCCUCUUUCAACAGCAACUGUGAUAGGUUUGAGCCUUUUAGACACAAAUGACAAUCCUCCCCUCUUUGCAGAAUCAGCAUAUACAACUUAUCUCCUCGAGAAUAAUUUGAGAGGGGCCUCCAUCUUUUCCUUUAGAGCAAAUGAUCCUGACUGGGAAGAGAAUUCCAGAAUAACAUAUUCCACCAUCACUGGACACGUUCAAUCUCUUCUGUCAUCAUACCUCUCUAUUAAUUCUGAAAGUGGUGUUGUCUAUGCACUGAGCUCUUUUGACUAUGAAGAGAUACGGGAGAUCAACUUCUGGGUUAAGGCCCAAGAUGGAGGCUCCCCACCACUCAGCUCCAAUGUCUCAGUGACUCUCUUCAUCCUGGAUCAGAAUGACAAUGACCCCCAGAUCUUGUACCCUUCUACCCCCACUGAUGGCUCCACUGGAGUCGAGUUGGCUCCUCACUCUUCUGAGCCUGGAUACCUAGUCACUAAAGUGGUGGCAGUGGAUGCAGACUCUGGCCAGAAUGGCUGGCUCUCCUAUCAGUUACUCAAGGCCACAGAGCCAGGGCUCUUCUCCAUAGGACUACACACUGGAGAGAUCAGGACAGCCCGCUUCUUUCUGGACAAGGAUGCUCUCAGGCAAAGCCUGGUGGUUUUAGUGAAGGACAAUGGGCAACCCCCUCUUUCUGCCUCAGUCACGGUCACUGUGGUGUUGGCCGACAGCAUCCCUGAAAGCCUCUCUGAUAUUAGCAGCAUCUCAGCUCCUGCAGACCCCCAGUCGGACCUCACCUUCUACCUGGUGGUUGCUGUGGCUUUUGUCUCCUGCUUGUUUUUCACCUUCCUCCUUGUGUUGUUGGCCAUCAGGGUGUACAGAUGGAGAACUUCUCAGCUGUGUCAUUCUGGGAGUAUGAAUUUCAAUGGGGUUCCAGUCUCACAGUUUGUGGGUAUUGAUGGCGUGCGAGCUUUUCUUCACUCUUAUUGUCAAGAGGUUUCUCUCACCACAGACUCUAGGAAAAACCAGUUUUGUAGUCAACAGACCUGUGACACAAAUGAUCCUAUCCUAACUUUUGAAGAUUUAAAUCUUAACAAUGGAGACCAAGUAGUCCAGGAACUUGAACUUCACGUUUAA